AGGAGGCCGGAAGUCACAUUUGUUAGCUCUGAUGCUAACUUGUCAGCAGCGUUGCAUCUCUUUGUCAGAGGACUGACUUCCGUUUUUAUGUUUGGUCCAGAUUUCUGGAAUUUACUACCUAGUAAGACUCUGAGCUGUCUGUCGUUUUAAUAAACAGUAGUAGUGAUUUUAGUGUUUGCGUAACGGAGGUAGUUAAAGGUUUUCUGCUUCAGCCUGACCAGAGUUAAAUUCGUUAUUUAGUUUCAUCCUUGAGAAACACAACUGUUUACCUAGCUAGUUGGCUAGCAUCAGCCAGCUGAGUCAACGUUAAACCGCCUAGCAUGUUUCGGUUCUUGACUGACGUUGAUGACGACCCCUUCAUGAUGGAUCCAUUUGCAGCUCACAGGCAACAGAUGAGGAGCCUGUUUGGACCCUUUGGCAGGGACCCUUUUGCUCUUGCCCCCCCAAUGCAGGCUCACCGUGCACCACGCAGACAGGCUGGUCCACUGACGCCCUUUGGCAUGAUGGGAAUGGGUGGUGGAUUCAUGGAUAUGUUUGGCAUGAUGGGAGAAAUGAUGGAAAAUAUGGAAAGAAUGUCUGGUUCACCAAACUGUCAGACGUUUUCCUCCUCAACAGUGAUUUCCUACUCGUCUUCAGACAUAAUGGCUCCUAAAGUUUAUCAGCAGACCAGUGAAACAAGAACAGGGCCUGGAGGGAUCCGUGAGACGCGGCAGUCAAUGAGGGACAGUGAGAGCGGCUUUGAGAGUCUUGCCAUCGGCCACCACAUCGGGGAUCGUGCACACAUAAUGGGGCGUUCACGAAAUCGCCGCACAGGAGACCGUGAGGAACGACAAGACUUCAUUAACCUCGAUGAGAGUGAGGCUGCAGCAUUUGAUGAGGAGUGGAGGAGGGAGGCAGGAAGAUACGCCCCACCAAAUGCCCGGGGGCUGGACUAUGGCCGAGAUCGACGGGCAGGCGGCCAGCAGCUGGCUCUUACUGCCCCUCCUAGCUCAACAUCCCCACCAGGCCAUCGACAUGAGUCCCCUAGACACCGUCAGCCCCACACCCGUCCACGUUACGACUGGUGAGAAGGUGUCACACUUGAUGCGACCAAAUGAAAGGAGUUGAGGAAAGAUUUCCCAAUGCUGUGAACUGCGCUGAAGACAGAAGUUGAUGAUCAUCACAACUGUCUGUCAUUAAUGUUUGAUAUGACUGGACUGUCUAUACAUAACCAACAUAUUACACACAUACACACAUUAAAAUCCCUAUACACUUGAUAGUUACAUGUACACUUUAGCUUCUCUACCAUUACAGACAAAACACACAUACACAAAGUGAUGCUCUUGUGCAAACAUGGGUAUAACUACACUCACUUUAUAUACUUAUUCUCAAAACUUGACAUGUUUUUGCCCACAGCACUAAAGUGCUACAGUAUACAGUAAAUCAUCUGUACAGGCCAAUUAUGUUUGUGAAGACGCUAGUGUGUCAGUGAAUUGAAUUGUAUACUAUUAACUAAUUAACAAAAUAAAAGCUCAUUGUUAGAUAAU